AAACCCGCUAGUUCCUUAGCUCGAUGCUAGUUAUGCUAGCUUGAUGCUAGGGGAACGCCUAGUAUUAAAAGCGAACAGCGGUAAAGUGGGGAAAGUGUAAACACCCGAAAAAAAGCUUCCUCUCGGUUUCGAUUCACGCUGCGUCCUCUUUUGGACAACAACUUUUAUAAGGUGCUGCAGCCCCAGUGGUCGUAGGCAGGAUGCAGACCAUAAAGUGCGUGGUGGUGGGUGACGGGGCAGUGGGUAAAACCUGCCUGCUCAUCUCUUAUACAACCAACGCCUUCCCUGAAGAGUACAUUCCCACAGUGUUUGACAACUAUAGCGCUCAGAUGAGUGUGGAUGGCCGCACUGUCAGCCUCAACCUGUGGGACACGGCAGGCCAGGAGGAGUAUGACCGCUUGCGCACUCUCUCCUACCCCCAAACCAAUGUGUUCAUCAUAUGCUUUUCCAUCGGCAGCCCCUCCUCACAUGCCAAUGUUAGGCACAAGUGGCACCCUGAGGUGUCUCACCACUGCCCCAGCGUGCCCAUCCUGCUGGUGGGCACCAAGAAGGACCUAAGAAGUGAUACAGAAACGGUGAAGAAGUUAAAGGAGCAGGCUCUGGCCCCUACAACCCAGCAGCAGGGCAAUGCCCUGGCCAAGCAGAUCGGGGCUGUUAAAUACAUGGAGUGUUCUGCACUGCAGCAGGAUGGUGUCAAGGAGGUGUUUUCUGAAGCUGUGAGGGCAGUGUUGUAUCCAGUCACGAAAAAGAAAAAAGAGAAGUGCGUGCUGUUGUAAUGAAUGGUUCCCAGAUUUGGACUGUGGAGAGGAGAUGGUGGAGAUCCACGGAUGCAAAGGGAAGGCUUGAGGAACAAGGGUCACCAAGUGGCUGUCUCCAUACCACCUCUGGCAGUUUUCAGCUCCUCUGCUACUCCUCUCUUCCUUAUUCAUCUCCGGGAGGAUCUCACUGUGUUGCCAUCAUCACCAAAGUGACCAUGCCUUAAUGAGAGCGACUGACCGUUUCUCCUCUAUUUUUCUUACAUUUUUAACUUUUGAUAUUUACACAUUUCAUUUUUACAUCUGUUCUAGAUUUUUAGCUUCUCUGCUUUGCCUUAUAAAAUACUGAUAAUGGUUGCCACAAGCCAUAGUAACAUCAAGACCAAUGAACCAACCAAACUACCCUGUUUGACUGGAGAGAAGAGAUCUACCAUUGUUCAGGUGGAGAACUAAUGACUACCUCAAAUUCUCACCUAGGUUGCAUCUCAUGAGUCUCAAGCGAGGUUACCAUCAACCUGAUGCUUUGACUUUAACUAUUUAGACAUAAUGAACAGCCAAGUAGAAGGUGAACAAGUUUUAAUUUCAAGCAGCUUGAGUCCAGACAUGGUUUGAUGACUCCUGGGCGAAUGCCAGUAACCCUUAAACCAAAUGCACAGAUUAAAGGUUAAAUUCCCUUGCUACGAUUCCCUUGUGCUCAGUCUGGCGUGUUAGAGCUGUUGGCAAGCUGCCCCUCCAGCCUUUUGCACUGCUCUUUCACUUCUCCACACAGAAGAACCAAUCUGUCUUUGAAAAUAAGUCAGACCCAUUAAAAGCAGCCAACCAUUUGUCCUCUUCAGUAAUAGAGGAGCAAGUGUAAUAAAGACUCUGCCAAAUUAACUGAUGCUGGUACAGGAUUUUUUGAGCUGACACAGUCAGGAAGUCAGGUUAUAGAAAAGCUCUUCUCUGUCUACAUAUUAACUGUUGAGACACUGAGUGCCAUUUAAAACCAUGCCUAAGAAUUUCUUUGAUAGGGAGGGGUCAAAGAGGCUGUAUUUUUUUAUUUUUUUUGUCUAAUUAUCUUGAAUUUACUCUAAAUGAUUAUUAUUUUUCCACAAAUGUUUUUAACCUACAAGUAUGGCCAAAGUUAAAUAUUUUUUUGGUAAUAGUUUAUUUGAUCAGUAAGAUGUGUGUGUUGUAGUUAAUAUUUCAAUUUGAUAAACCUGAACUCCAUAUUUCUUUUCAGUUACGUCUUACAUUGAAGUUCAGCAACUAUGACCAUCACUUAACUGAUUCAGUAUAACGUUUGUUUUAAUUGGCUUACGUUGGCUAUGUACUACUCAUUUGCAACUGUCUCAGUUAGGUUUCAUCACAGAAGAAGCAGCGUCAUAGCUCCCUUUUUAAUCAUGUAACCGAAGAUUGUGUACAACUUAAAGGAGCCUUUUGUUUUGGUUAGGUGCCUUGUCUAAACCAAAGACGAUAGCAGCCUCCUUUGUCAAACCCAAAGGUUCUCAUAGUGCUGCGAGUGCCACGAGACACUUAAGUACAGGUCCCACCCAACUCAGUUUUUGUGAAUUUUCAGAAGCCCUCUGCCUUACUUCCUGCCAGUAACUACACUCAUCUUGCAGAUGUGUUUUGUUUUUUUUUUAAGACACAGGUGCUAAACUGACAUCUUGUGCAGCAAGUCUGUGCAUUUGUAAAACGAAGCCCUCCGGUUCCAUGCGUCUUAACAGAUUGUGGUUCCCUGCACUGCACGGUGGCGUGAGGCACAAGUGCAACUUGCACAUACAGUUAGAAAGGGCUGCGUUGGUGGAACAUGCAUUGUCACAUCUGAAGAUUUUUUUAUAUACUUUUUGUAAAGUAUUUUUUUAAUGACUAGCUGCUCUUUUUUUUUUUUUUUUGUUUUUUUUUUUGUUUGCUUACAGCUGGCAGCAAAUAUAGAAAACCUUUUACUAUAGUUAUAGUUUUCAUUUACACCUUUGAGCGGGUAUAUAAUAAGUCAGCCUAGAUUGUGGCCUGUGUAAAGUCUAGAAUAACUGAAGUACAAACCAAGCAAGAGGUUCUUUUUAUAACAAUGAUGCGGUUUGACAUCUGCCAGAAGAUGUGUGAAUAUUUCCCAGAUAGGUUUGUGGAGGUUUGAAUGUAAGUGCACGAUAUGUUAAAAACUGUCACCUGUGGUGAGCUCAUUUAAAUUUUUUUUUUCUUUUUUCCAUGUCCCAAAUUCACAUAGAUGAUGCUGUUAAAGUGGAACAUACACCUGUGGGCUCUGUGUCUGUGUCCUAGAGCUGUAUGCUACCGUGCGUGUGGUACUACGCUUUUACACUGGGAACUUGAUUUGUAGAAACCUGUAAUUGUUUUAUAAAUAACAAAAGCAUAUUUGUAUAAAUGAACUAACAGUGAAAUGAUUUUAAAUUAUGCCAAAUAAAACAGUGGUUUAAACCAGUUUUUUUUUUCUCUUAAA